AUGGACGAUUUAUAUGAUGAGUUCGGUAAUUACAUCGGGGAGGCUGCAGAAUCGGAUGAAGAGCCUCACCAUGAGCCCAAGGCCCAAGCCUUUGACUAUGAAGAGGCAUUUGGGGAGGAUGAAGAUGAAGAAGUCAAUCACCAGGAGCUGAUGGAGGUGGAUGGUGCGCUCUUCUCGGGCUUUCCCUAUGCGCAUUGGGUUUCGUGUAUUGUAUUGCUAACACUUGGUACAGAAGGUCCUUCUAACGCCGUUAUCCUCCACGAAGACAAGCAGUAUUACCCUAGCGCACAACAAGUAUACGGUUCUGAGGUCGAAACACUCGUACAGGAGGAGGAUGCCCAGCCUCUCUCCGAGCCCAUCAUUGCCCCUGUCACGCAAAAGAAAUUCUCCAUUGAAGAGACGGAGUUGCCACCAGUCUUCUUUUCGCGUGAGUUCAUGACGGAUUUGCUUAGCUUUCCAGAUCAAAUCAGAAACGUUGCGCUCGUUGGCCAUUUACACCAUGGAAAAACCGCGUUUAUGGAUAUGCUCGUCAUGCAGACACACGACUUGGCUGAACGCCUUGAGAAGAAAACAGGAAGGAAGAAGGAAGAACAGCUUCGGUAUACCGACAUUCACUACUUAGAAAGGCAGCGGGGCCUCUCGAUCAAGUCCGCGCCAAUGAGUUUGGUUCUUCAAAACACCAAGGGAAAAUCUCACCUGCUUAAUAUUAUUGACACUCCGGGACAUGUGAAUUUCGUGGACGAAGUAGCGGCCUCGUCUCGCUUGGUCGACGGCGUCGUCCUUGUUGUCGAUGUGGUAGAAGGUGUGCAGGCCAAUACAGAGCAAAUCAUCAAGCACGCAGUCCUGGAGGACCUACCGCUAACACUCGUCGUGAGCAAAAUGGAUAGAUUAAUCCUUGAGCUAAAAAUCCCCCCAAAUGACGCUUAUUUCAAACUGAAACAUGUCAUCGAAGAGGUCAACACAGUGAUUGAAAAUGUUUUGCCAGGGCAGGGCGAAAAACGACGACUGAGCCCCGAAAAGGGCAAUGUUGCUUUUGCUUGUGCAUCCAUGGGCUGGUGCUUCACGCUGCAGUCUUUUGCAAAGAUGUACGCGAAUACGUAUCCCAAGAUUGAAACCUCAGAUUUUGCUCUACGCCUUUGGGGCGAUAUUUUCUUUAACCCCAAGAGUCGAAAGUUUACACGCAAGGGAGUAGAAGAGAACUCCAAGCGAUCAUUUGUUAAAUUUGUCCUGGAGCCCAUUUACAAGCUUUAUUCACACACUAUCAGUGAGAGUCCAGAAGACUUGAAGGAGACGCUCGCUAGCGUUGGUAUCAGCUUGAAACCAUCUCAACUGAAAUCAGAUGCCAAGGUCCUACUCAGUCUAGUCUGCGAACAGUUCUUUGGGCCUGCAACCGGAUUUAUGGACAUGGUCUUGCAACAUAUCCCCUCCCCGGCCGAGGGUGCGAAGAGGACUCUGGAACGAUACUAUACUGGCCCGCUUGACACCAAGGUCGCAAAUUCAAUGUCGACGUGCGAUGCAGAUGGUCCCCUUGUUGUCCAUGUUACUAAGCUCCUUACAAGCACUGAUGCCUCGGGGUUCCACGCUCUUGGAAGGAUCAUGAGUGGAACCGCCCGCCCGGGCUCGCAAGUCCGGGUACUAGGUGAAGGCUAUACACCUGAUGAUGAGGAAGAUAUGGUAAAUGCCACUAUUUCCGACACAUGGAUCCCGGAGACGCGGUAUAAUAUCCCAACCAGUGGUGUUCCUGCUGGUAACUUGGUUCUUCUCGGAGGUGUGGACAACUCCAUCGUAAAGACCGCCACUCUUGUCUCUCAGCGGUUCGAAGAUGAAGAGGAAGCCUACAUCUUCAAGCCAAUUCGGCAUAUAACUGAAUCCGUCUUCAAGGUCGCUGUUGAACCUGUCAACCCAUCUGAGCUCCCCAAAAUGCUUGACGGUCUCCGACGAGUCAACAAGAGUUAUCCUCUGAUUUCGACAAAAGUCGAAGAGUCCGGUGAACACAUUGUCCUGGGAACAGGGGAGCUUUAUAUGGACUGUGUACUUCACGACCUUCGAAGGCUCUACUCCGAGAUGGAAAUCAAGGUCUCCGAUCCAGUUACCCGCUUCUGCGAAACUGUUGUUGAGACUUCAGCUAUCAUGUGCUAUUCUAUCACACCGAACAAGUUGAAUAAGAUCACAAUGAUUGCUGAGCCUUUGGACGAUGGAAUCGCCGAAGAUAUUGAGAGUGGCAGAGUGAGCAUCAAAGACCCGAUUCGCAAGGUGGCCCGCUUUUUCGAGGAAAAGUAUGAUUGGGAUAAACUUGCGGCGCGAAGCAUAUGGGCGUUCGGGCCCGAUGACAUGGGACCGAAUAUCUUGCAGGAUGACACCCUACCGUCCCAAAUCGACAAAAAGCUACUUGGAAGUGUCAGAGAUUCUAUUACACAGGGCUUCAGCUGGGGUACCCGAGAAGGUCCCUUGUGUGAAGAACCUAUUCGCAACACUAAAUUUAAGCUCACGGAUGUUUCCUUGGCUGACCAAGCAAUCUACAGGGGAGGUGGCCAAAUUAUCCCCACGGCCCGACGCGCCGUCUACUCGUCGUUCCUCAUGGCAUCUCCACGCCUCAUGGAGCCUAUUUAUUCCUGUUCGAUGACGGGACCUCCAGAUGCUGUUGCAUCCGUAUACACCGUCCUGUCCAGAAGGAGAGGCCAUGUGCUCUCUGACGGGCCAAUCGCGGGAACACCGCUUUACUCGGUCCGCGGUUUGAUUCCAGUCAUCGACUCGUUUGGCUUUGAAACAGAUCUUCGUAUUCACACGCAGGGACAGGCAUCUGUCAGUCUUGUGUUUGACAAGUGGAGUGUUGUCCCUGGGGAUCCAUUAGAUCGCGAGGUGAAGACAAAACCAUUAGAGAUGGCGAAUGCAAUGGCAACCGCUCGCGAUUUCGUGUUGAAAACAAGGAGACGCAAGGGCUUGGCGGAAGAUGUAACUGUAAGCAAAUUCUUGGAACCAGAGCUUUGGAAGGGCUUGAAGGAGAGUGGCGUUUUAGAUUCGUGACCUCCCCCCCCCCCCCCCAAC